UUCUUUGUUUCCUUCUUCACUCCCAUUAUAAAACCCUCCUACACUAUUCUUCUUCACUCCUCAAUAACUCUUCCUUUCUUUCUUUGAAGAAAUUAAUCAUGGAGCCCUCAAAGGUGUCAGCAAUUCUCUUCAUUUCUAUGCUCUUCAUUUCCUCAAUCACACCAAUUCUUGGACAUUGUGGUUCAUGUGGAAAGCCACCACCAAAACACAAACACCCCAAACACCCACCUAAAAAGGGUCCUAUCACACUCCCUCCAGUCCACUUGCCUCCAUUGCCAGUCCCAAUUCCUCCAGUGACUACUCCUCCGGUGACCGUCCCGCCGGUUCCAAAAAUCCCAAUUCCUCCAGUGACUACUCCUCCGGUGACCAUUCCUCCUGUUCCCAAAAUCCCAAUUCCUCCAGUGACUGUUCCUCCAGUGACAAAUCCACCAUCAAAAGGAAAACCAUGCCCACCACCACCACCAAAAAAGGACACUUGCCCAAUUGACACACUGAAAUUGGGUGUUUGUGUGGAUCUUCUUGGAGGGUUGGUGCAUAUUGGCGUUGGAGAUCCUGCUGUGAAUCAAUGCUGCCCAAUUCUUAAAGGACUUGCAGAGCUUGAAGCUGCAGUGUGCCUGUGCACAACUCUUAAAAUCAAGGCUCUCAACCUUAGUGUCUAUGUUCCAAUUGCUCUUCAGCUUCUUAUCACUUGUGGGAAGACACCUCCUCCUGGUUACACUUGCUCCCUCUAGAUGAUCAAAGGUCGUCAGAUUUCAUGGAUGAACAGUUGAUAUCGACAUGAGAGGAUGUCGAUUGAGCCUGCUUUUAUCUCUCUCUCUCUUCUCUGGGUUUUCAAUUCAAUGAUUGGAAUUGUUAUUAUUGUUGAUGUGUUCUUUAUCUUUUGUACAACUAUUUCUUUUAUAGUGGGGAUUGUUUAAUGUUUAGCAAUGUGCUUGCUUUUCUCCCUUUGACCGAGGAAAAUGGUCCAGGAUGACUUUAUUUGACUUCACUUUCUUUGA